UUCUUGUAGUUUCAAGUUCUCACACAACGUACCAUCCAAAAAAAAAAAAAAAAAAAACAAAAAAAAGAAGUUCUCACACAACAAAUCUCCUUUCCUUCUUCUUCUACUCUGUCUGUCAAACAUUUGCUUCUCACUUUUGUUCUAACAUGUCAUUUCUCAUGUUCUUUUCUUCCUGUGGGAUGACUUUGUAACAGUCUUUUUUUAAUGUCAUUAGCAUUUGUGAGAGUGAGAGUGGAAAUGGAAUGAAGGCAUGGCCAACAAUUAUGCUAUAUAUGCACCAGAAAAUAACCCAAAUGGUCUUAGUUGCUACUCAUCCACUCCUUGCUCUACCUCGUCUUCAAUGGGGAUGGUUUAUGCAGACAUGGGUUCUCUCUCCCUCAGUCCCAAAUACGGUGUAGCUUCAGCAAUUUCUUCUUCACAAGAAAGUAAUCUCUCUAAGAGCUCUCAUGAGGUGGAAAAUCAUAGGAGGCCUUGUUGGGGUGCUCUUCCAUUCAUGGGAAAAAACUCCAAUAUUACAAGAAGCUUUGAGGAAAACCACAACAGCAAUGCUGGGGAAGGUAAGGUCUCCGAUAGCAGUGAUGGUUUUGAGCAAAACAAUGAUAAGAACUUGGUCAGUGGGAAAGAUGUAGAUAGUGGACAGUCAAAACUUUGUGCUAGAGGGCAUUGGAGGCCUGCAGAGGAUACAAAGCUCAAGGAACUGGUGGCUCUUUAUGGCCCUCAAAACUGGAACCUUAUAGCAGAGAAGUUGGAAGGAAGAUCAGGUAAGAGCUGCAGACUCAGAUGGUUUAAUCAGUUGGACCCAAGAAUCAAUAGAAGAGCUUUUACUGAAGAAGAAGAAGAGAGGCUAAUGCAAGCUCAUAGAAUUUAUGGCAAUAAAUGGGCUAUGAUAGCUAGGCUUUUCCCUGGAAGAACUGAUAAUGCAGUCAAGAACCAUUGGCAUGUUAUAAUGGCUAGGAAAUAUAGAGAACAAUCCAAUGCUUACAGGAGGAGGAAGCUUGGUCAAUCUGUUUACCGAAGGAUGGAUGAAAAUCCAACCUUCGUCUGUGGAGAGACAGCCACAAGAACAGAACCACUAACUUACGGUCUCAAUCUCCCUAAUGGAGGACUCAACAAUAAUGUUACUAGAUUCCCCUUUGGAGCCUUCAAUAAUGGUGGUGGGGGUGGUGGGGUUGAUUAUAACUUAAAUGGCUUAAAUGGGUCGCCCCACAUGACCAAUGGUGGAGAAGCAAUCUCAAGCACCAAGGUCCCUCCUUACGGUGGUUUCUGUGCGCUACAACAAACUUCUUUUGAUUUCUUCACUGGUCCCAACAGUAGUGACAUCAUGGGCAGCUUCAGCCAUGGGAGAUCUUGGGAUAGGCCAAGUGAUGAAGCUAACUUAACUGGUUUCUAUUCCCACUACCCUCCAUUUAUGUUGGCAAUGCAACAGUCAGGCAAUCACAACCCUUAUGAUUACUUAGAACCAUCAGCAACACCAACACCUCAAGUUUCAGCCAGUGAACCUUCAUCAUCAUCUGCUACAGAAACCAGAGUUGGCAGCCAAUUUGAGACCAUUCCACCACCAUUCAUUGACUUUCUUGGAGUAGGAGCCACAUGAAGUUACAAGCAAAUGUAAAGCUGAAAAAGCUUUUCCCAGAAUUGUCAAAAGAGUGCCUCAAUGUGGGUGUGGUCCAAGGUAUAUGAGAAACCAUUAGAAGUGAUCAGAAAGGAUAGUUGUUGCAAAUGGGGGACAGUGGGAAAAUCUGCAUCAGUUUGUUGAGGUCAUAUCUCACCGUCUUUUUCUUGUAACUCCCUUUCUCACAAGAGAGGCACUUUCACAAGGUGAAAGAUCAAGUUAAAUAUUAUUCUUAUAACAUGCCAAGUCACCUUUUCUUUCCCUUA